GUCCUCCCACCGUCUCAACGCCUCACCCACGACGCUCACGAUCGCCCACGCCGCCGCCCCGCCGCCCAGGUUCCCACCUCCAUCACAACUCCCCGCAGCACCGCCGCCGGAGGGCCGGCCGGCAAACCCGCACGGCGCCCAAGGGGAAGGUGACGGCACGUGGCAGUGUGGCGGUCUCGUUCCCCUCCCGCCCCACCCCACCAACCCCCUCCAACAUUGGGACACCACCGGGUCCCCCCUCCAACGCCGCCUCCCUCAUCUCCGGUGACGGGAUCUGGCGAAGCUCCUUCCCCACCCCGCCGCCGCACCUCACGCCCGUCUCCUCCGGCCAGCCUCCGCCCGCAACGUCCCCCCUCCCGUUUUUAGAAGGGAAGGGAAGGGAAGAGAAGAGGGAGAGCGAGCAGGUGAGGCGACGACCAUGGCGCUCGCAGAUCCGUCGGCCCCGUCGUACGUCCUCGGCCGCGCGUGAUUCUGCUUAGUGGCGUGACGGGGUGCCUGCUCCGCGCCCACGCCAUGGCCGUCUCGGGACGCCGCCAUCGACCUUGGACCACACCCCGCCGCCAUGGAUGCACAAUUCUCCUCACCCGGGCCAUGUUCUUCUUCUUCUUCUCUCUCUCUCCCCUAAUGUGUUUCGAUUUGGUCCUGAUGUGUUUCGAUUUGGUCCUGAUGUGUUUCGAUUUGGUCGACGGCAGUGGCAGCAGGCGGCGCAUGCAGGGCUCGGGCAGCGCCCCGACGUCUCACGCACGAGCUGCCUUUCGAGCUGCUACAGGUCGGCAAGCUGAGCAAGGUAAUGGAAGUGUGCCUUAUAUUAAUAGGAUGAGCAUGGAUGAAACCAGAAGGAGGGGCAAUGGCAACCUCGACAAUGAAGAUGAUGUUGUGAUGAGGAAUGAUUCAACUCCAAGAGAGACAGCAUGGAAAGGCCACUACCAUGAUCUGAAUUCUGUUAAUUCUGCUUUUUUUUUUUGCAUGGAUAUUAUGAUGCUUUUAUGUCUGUUGGUUCUGUAAAAACUCUCUUUUACAGAGCAAAUUUCUGUUAAUGUAUAUGUUACAGUAUACCUGUACAUUUAGUCAGUUACAGAAAAUAUACCUGUACAUUUAGUCA